AUGGAGAUCUACGACAGCAGAUACUUCAUCCACAACAAGCGUUUCCAAAAGGCUCUCGGAGUCUGGCCGUACCAGAGCCGCGCGAAGAACAUCGUCGUUUGCGGACUGCUCUUACUCCUGAUGCUGGGUAUGCUCCUGCCCCAAAUAGUACGGCUGAAGAAGUACGCGGGCAAGGAUUCGGACAAGAUGAUGGAGAACAUUUUCAUCCUGUUCUACAUCUUCGGGAUCUACAUCAAGCUCUUCACGGCUGUUUAUGCGGAGAAUAGGCUGAAAGUCCUCUACGAGAGCACAGCGAAGAACUUUCAAAUCUACACCGGCGAGGCGGAGAGAAGGAUUCUGUACGAGUACUCCGAGAGGGGCAGGCUUCUCACGCUUGCCUUUAUCGUAUACAUGCUUCCGGCGGUGACGGUGUACGUGAUGCUGCCGAUGUGUCCCAUCAUCAUGGACGCGGCCAAGCCUCUGGACCAUCCGCGCUACCGAAUGUUUAUUUUGAACGGGGAUUAUCUCGUCGACGAAUACGACUACUACUUCUAUAUCUACGCCUUCGACAGUAUGGCUGCUAUCGUGACCGUCGCUAUCAUGUGCGCGACCGACCCCAUGUACGCGGCGAUCGUCGAGCACUGCUUGGGACUGUUUUCCAUUUGCAAGUUGCGACUAAAGAACUUUAACAAGCCGAAUGGGACGAAGGCGAUCGAAAAGACCUACUACUACUCUGAGACCUGUGGGGAUGAGUACGCGUACGCCGCGCUCGUUAAGGUGGUUCAGCUGCACAAGGAUAUUUUUAAAUACACCGAGAUCAUGCAGGCGUCGUAUUCGCUGUACUUUUUGCUGGAGAUGGGGGUCACCAUGGGCGUCGUCGUGUGCAAUUCUGUCAUAAUCGUGAUGAAGCUGAGCCAGCCCUUGGAACUCGUUAGGUGGUCCCUUGUGCUGAUCGGUGGGCUGUUGCACAUAUUCUUUCUCACCUGGCCCGGGCAAAAACUGAUCAACUUCAGCGGUGAUAUUUUUCAAGACACAUACCUCAACGAUUGGUACGAAAGUUCAUUGAGAUGUCAAAAGCUACUGAAAUUCAUGUCGUUGAGAUGCCUGAAGCCAUGCGAGUUGUCCGGAGGCGGACUCUACGUGAUGAACUUUAUCAACUUUGCGACGAUUCUCAAAACAUCAGCGUCAUACAUCACUGUCUUCUCGUCGUUCUAA